UNUUUUUUUUCCGCUUUCUAACUAACUCGACAAAGAAAGGAAGAGAAAAUUUUUUUGCUAAAUGAUUUCCCAACUUAAUUUCAGACAACUUGAUAGUACCAUGGAUUACAAUACCUCGUCGACGUCGAAUGAGUUCAUCAACACUCUACAAAUGACAUCAAAUAAAAAGCUGAAAAACGUUCCGGUGGAAUUCACUUCUUUUGGAACCACUCCUUCAGGUAAACCCAGGUUGUUUGUUUGUCAGGUUUGUACUAGAGCUUUUGCUAGACUAGAACAUUUAAGAAGACAUGAAAGAUCUCAUACCAAAGAAAAGCCAUUUAGUUGCGGAGUCUGUCAACGUAAGUUUUCAAGAAGAGAUUUAUUACUAAGACAUGCUCAAAAAUUACACGCUGGUUGCACGGAUGCUAUAACAAGAUUGAGAAGAAAAUCAAUUAAAAGAUCAAAUUCAACUACUUCAAACAAUUCCGCUAAUGAUCAAGAAUCGUCUUCAAACUCAACUCCUCCUCCUGCCCCCACUUCUAUCCCAUCUAAUGAUCCUGUUGAAUUCAAUCUUAAUCUUUUCAAUCCUUCGUCAACUCUUCCCAACACUAAUUCCAAAAUAAAUAAAUUACCUCGUCGAAAUUCUUCAAAAGAUUCAAAUACUCCUUCUUCAGCUACUUCGACUCCUGCUCCUGGCCCUGGUUCAAAUUUACAUCGUCAAGUUUUCGAUCGUAAACGAUCUAAUAGAAAUAGAGGUGCUUCCUUUUCGGCUCAAUCUGGUUCCAAUUAUGCAAUUGGUUUACCUGAAUUUAAUGAUUCUUAUCCUGAUGCCGAAAAUGUAGAAUUUUCAACUCCUCAAUUGUUACCUUCAAAUAUGAAUGACGAAAAUUCUUGGAUAAAUAAUUUAAAUUCAAUCCCUGGCUUAUCUCCAAAUCAUUUAAGAAAUCAUUCUAUUUCUUCACUUGAUCAAAAUAAAUUACCCGAUUUACCUCAAAGCGUUUCUCAUUCUGGUUCUUUCAGUGGGAAAUUACCAAAUGAUGAUUCUUCAAAUACUUUUUUAAAUUACGAUUAUAAUAACUCUCAAUUUAUGAUGCCAACCGCUACAAUAUCUCAUAAUGAAAUUAAUAAUGCUAAUAACCAAUUUUCAAAAAUUGAGCAAAAUAAUUUGAAAAAUCAUGAUGAUGCUGGUGAAGGAUACGGGUAUUCUUUUUACGACAUUCCAGAUUCAAUGUUAUUGAAAACUAGUGAUCAAUCAAAGUUCAAUCAACCUUUAACUCCAAUAAAGCAAGAAAUUGAUGAAGAUAUAAUGGAUAUGGUUAAUGAAAAACCUAAUCAUUUCCAACAUCAAUCCUCUCAACAAAUACCUCGUCAGCAUAAUGCUCAACAACUGGACCAACAACAGUCAAAUGUUUCUAAGAACUCAAUAACAACUAAUGGUGUUAACUUUGAUAUGAAUUUUUUGUAUGAUAUUGAUGAAUUGACUCACGAAUUUGACGUGAAUUCAAAAUUCAUGACUGGUGGUUAUUCAUUUUAUGGUGAUAAUCCUUCGGUUUCUUCUUCAGGAGUUGAAAGUUCAAACAGUCCAAACUUGAUAUCUCCUUCUAAUAAAUCUCCAAACCACAUGUCAAUUAAUUCAAAUAUCGAUUCAAAUUUAAAUAAUAAUUUUUUAAAUCAAGAUCAAAUAAUGAAUAUUGAAAAUAAUAAUGAUGGAUCUACUAAUAAGAAAAACCACUCAAUUAAAUUAGGCAAUUAUUCAAAAAAUCGAUUAUUUACAACUAAUAUGAGAUAUAUGAUCAAUAAAUCGUUGAGUAAAUAUCCAAUCAGUGGGAUAAUGACUCCUUCAAUUCCUUCAAAUGAAAAAAUGGAAUUUUAUUUAAAUAAUUUCAAUACGAUUUUCUUAUCACAUUUCCCAUUCAUUCAUAUUUCAAAAUUAAACGAAUAUGAAAUUAUGAAUAUGACUGUGAAUGAAGAUUUAGCCAAUGAAAGUGCUAGAGUAUGCUUACCUCUCUUGGUUGCAACAAUCGGUGCUUUGUUGGCUAACAAUAAAAAUGAUUCAGAACAUUUAUAUGAAGCUUCAAGAAGGAUCAUUCAUAUUUAUUUGGAAAGCAGAAAAAAUUUGGCCAAUGAUGGGUCAAAUAAUAAUCAACAAUCUGUUAAUCCUUUGUGGUUAAUUCAAUCUUUGACAUUAUCGGUCAUUUAUGGUUUAUUUUCUGAUAAUGAAAAUAAUGUUUACAUCGUUAUCAGACAAUUAAAUGCUUUGAAUUCUUUGGUUAAAACCUCAAUCAAGAAUAAUCGAUCCAUCUUAUUUUCAAUAAAUGGUGAUGAUGAUGAAGCUUUCCGUAAAAUGAAUUCAAAUCCAAAUGAUUCUUUGUUUUCAAAUGACCAAUAUUUCAGCGAUGAAUUAAAAUUUAAGAAUAACAUUAACUUACAAUCCCAAACAAGAAUUGUUUUUAUGAUUUACAGAUUAACGAACUUCUUAUUAAUGAUGUAUAAUGUGCCAUUGACUUUGAGUAUUAACGAUUUGGGUAAUUUAACAACCCCUAGCACAAAUGACGAAUUUUUAUGGAAUUUCAAAAAUUUUCAAUCAUUUAAAGAAUAUAAUCAAAUGAGUAAUAUUGAUAAGAAUUUAGAUUAUUAUUUAACUAAAACAAAUUCUAACACUAUUGUUUAUAAAGACAUCUUGAUACAAUUAACCAAGACUCAAAUUCAUAAAAAUUCCCCACAAGACCCUUCAUUAUUUUCCAAAUUAUCAAAUUUGAGUAAAUAUGGAUUUAUUUCAGUAUUGCACGGGUUAUUUGAGAUUAAACAAUACGAAGAAAUGAAGAUGGUUGAUAUUUUCAGUAUUUUAGAUAACUUAUCUAAAUUUAUAGAUAAUUCAAUCAUCAAAAACAAUGUGAUUCAAGGUAAUACUGAGAAAUUACUUAAUAACUAUCAACAAGAUGACUUUGAAAAAUUGGAUUAUGCACUUUUAUUAAAUUUUACUAAAAUUGGUUCUAUUGCAGAUUUCAAAUUAGUUAAAGAACAAAGUUGGUUAAGAAAUUUUGAUGAGUUAACUAAAAAUUAUGACCAUUUCUUGAAGUCUAUGAAUGAAAUUAAUGAAUUUGAUUAUUUAAGACUUAUAGAUUGUUGUAUCAUUAUACUCAAGUUGGUGUUAUUUAAGACUGAUGAUGCUAAUAAGUUAUUUCACACUGAACUUAACUAUUAUAAGAAUCAUCAUCCAAGUUUUAAUAUGAUUGUUGAUGAUUCUUUGAAAAAUGAAAAUAGUGCUACUAUAACUUUUGAACAAUCAAUAAAUUUAAAAGUCUUUGAUGAAUUAGAUAAUUCAAAAAACUCUAUUCAUUCGCAAAUGUUGUUUCAUGUUUUCACAAUUUUAUCAAUAUUUGCAAUCUAUGUUGUUAAAAAGAAUAAUCCAGAAGGUAAUUUAGGUUUAGAAUUUAAAUAUCCUGAAUCAGAUUCAAGUUAUUUAAAUGAAUUAAACCAAAGAUAUAUCACUAUCUUAAAAUUAUUGGGUAAAGUUGAAAAUUUCUUGAAAAUUAAAUAUCAGAAUAAUAAGUUGGAAAAUGAUUUUACUAAUUUAUGUUUAUUUUCAAACGGUAAUGAUGAUUUAAUUUUUGAUCCUUUCAAGAACCAUUCAAAUCGUGACGAUUUACUAAGAGACGCGGCGGCAAGUAAUUGCUUCAACCAUAGUAUUGAAAAAUCUUUAUACAUUUUAAAAUUAGGGGAGUCAAUUUUAAGUUAUAUGUAUGACACAAACAUUAAGGUUUCGAUAUUCAAAAAAUUGAGUGACAGUCUUUUACAAAUUAGAAAGUUUCUUAUCGAUAAUGAAGCAGCAGUGCUUUCAUAACUAUUUAUUAAUCUAUUUUAAUCCAUUCCUUUACUUACAAUU